CCCAUUAUAAUAUGCUUGCUUUCGCCUGACAGCCCCAGGAUUUGAUAAACCCCAGGUCUUUGAUUCAUCUCGGAUCCUAUUGAAGCUUGACACAUUUGUUUUUGUACACAAGUGAACCCAAACGCUUUCAAAUCCUCAAAUCCGUCAAAGAUAUCUUGAAGGUAAGCCAGGCAGUGCGCCAAUGAAGGUCUAAAAAACAUCCGAUCUAACACUUAGGAAAUCCAGAUGGUGACUCCAGGUUACUACUCUGAGCAGGAGCCUACCUUUCGUAGAUGCGGUCCGCGAGGUCAAAGCUAUCCACUGGCUCAGGAGCGUUCUGAGCACUCAUAUCCGACUCGGAACUAUAAUGAUGGACGAAACAGCGAUCAUGGACCAGAGAAUGGCGAAACAGGGCAUCAUCAAAUGCGCCGCAGAAUUCAAGUAGCCGUAUACACCCACUUCUUUGUUCAGAGCACUGCGAAUUUUCCAUUGUUUUGGUCGCGUUUGCUAAUUACUUUCUCGUGUAGUGCCAGAGAUGCCGAAAACGCAAGAUCCGAUGCAGCGGCGAAGAGAAUGGCAGACCGUGUUACCAUUGCAAAAAUUCCAGCUCAGAACCAUGCGUAUUCUUGAGAGUAUUUGCAACUGUCCCUUUAUUCAUAAUGAUAAAUUUCUAACUCGAGUAUGUAGGUAACCGCUAUGCCACUAGAGCAAGCGAAAGACCUUCCGUCGGAUUGCUUCGAUGAUAAUUCGCGUUCGAUGUACAGAGUCUCUUCCAACACCCCUUACAACUACUAUCAGACUUCACAAACCUUCAACCUGGGUCCAGACAAUAUAAACUAUCGACAGACCAAUUACUCGAACUAUGGUUAUCAAGGGACCAAAUUUCUGGGUCUUUCUUAUGACAACUUCACUGAAGAACCCGCUGACUUUAACCUGUCAAAUUCAACCUCAUUUCAAGUUACCGGACAAGAUCCGGUUUCUGUUUCCAGCUAUCCAGCUCAAAACAAUGGGCGCUCACGCGUGAAUCCUCCUGCCCCAUUGUACAUGGAUUCAGAAGCUGCUACAAAUUAUAAUCAGAAUGCAUACCAAAGCUAUAACGCGCGCUCAAUGGUUGAUUCAGACUCGAAGAAUUUCUGUGUCACCAAUCCUGCAUGUCUGCCGUCAUAUGGAACUGUGAACGCAGCCGUCACUCCACAGACCGCGCUCAACACCACCAAUGACCCUAGGCAACUCCCGUAUCCUGGUAUAAACAGACAAUACAGAUCCGCGAAUGAUGGCAAUUCGAGUGCGCAGAGCUCACUGCAUCCAUAUGGGUUCGUGAACUCAAACAUGGAUGGCUCUGGAAAAAUGAACGGGACUUCAAUCCAAAUGCCCAUGACAAAUUCUUACAUGGGUGUUCCUACGAGCAGCAGUCAUGAAAUUACAACCGCCGUUGCCAUGUCUGCAUAUCAAUCAGGUCAACAACCGUCGAUGGCACAACAAGAUUCGGAAAUUUAUGAAGCGCCAACUCCGAACAGCAGUCUGUACUACUCUCAAUCCAGUGACUCCGCUGCAGAUAUCAAUCACUACGGAGCAGGUAGUGGAAAUGACGCCAGCAAGAGUCGUCAAAAUAGUCAGACCAACACCACUGAAGAUACAUGGCCUGCUAAUAACCGAAAGUCUAGCAGCGGCGGCAACAGCAUACUACUAGCAAGUGGACAAUCAUACAUUCCACAUACCUCAAGCCAUUAUCCAACCCCGAACAUCCCCACCCAGAUGCAAAAUCAUGGGCUCUUGCAACUCCCGCCUCAAGUUCAACACGAUGACCUACCAACCUCGAGAGAAUAUGUCUCGAAUCUCUCAACAAGAUAAUCAUUUUCCUUGCUCAACUCUUGGAUCUAUAAUUCAAAAAAUACUCUAGCAUGCAACAUACCUUUGAAGAACGUUAUGUCGGAUUUUCUGUUUCGUUUUAUUUU